AUGCCCGAGCACAUCGAGAAGCUGGCCGCGGACACCAAGGCCGGCAAGAUGGAUCGGCGCGAAUUCCUCGCCCUGGCAACGACGUUCGGCGCCACCACCGCCGCCGCCUAUUCGAUGAUCGGCAUCGCAGCGCCGGGAAGGGCGUUGGCGCAGGAAGCCAAGAAAGGCGGCGUGCUGACCAUCGCCAUGGACGUGCGCGAACUGAAGGAUCCGCGCACCUUCGACUGGUCGCAAAUGGGCAAUCUGGGCCGUCAGUUCCUCGAGCCGCUGGUCAAAUACACCGUCGACUUCACCUUCGAGCCGAUGCUGCUCGAAAGCUGGGAGAUCAACGACGACGCCACCGAAUACACGCUGCGCGUGCGGCAGGGCGUCAAGUGGAACAAUGGCGACGACUUCAACGCCGACGACGUUAUCUUCAACAUCGAGCGCUGGUGCGAACGCGACGUCGAGGGCAAUUCGAUGGCCGCGCGCUUUGCGGCGAUCAUCGACGACGAGACCGGCAAGGCCGCCGAGGGCGCAAUCGUCCGGGUCGACGAUUUCACCGUCAAGCUGAUGCUGCCGCAGCCGGACAUCACGCUGAUCGCCGGCAUGGCCGAUUAUCCGGCCUUGGUCGUUCACCCCUCUUAUGCGGACACGGGCGAACUGGUCGACAAUCCGAUCGGCACCGGUCCGUUCGAACUGGUCUCGUUCUCGAUCGGCGACCGUGCCGAGUACAAGCGCCGCGAGGACGGUGCCUGGUGGGGCGGCGAGGCGCAUCUCGACGAGGUGGUCUUCGUCGACUACGGCACCGACCAGUCGGCCCAGGUCUCCGCGUUCGAGUCGGGCGAGGUACAGGCCAACUACGAGGUGACCGGCGACUUCGUCGACAUUUUCGAGGGCCUUGGUCUGACCAAGAACGAAGCCGUCACCGGCGCGACCGUUGUCGUCCGCACCAACGUCAACAACCCGCCCUAUGACGAUCAGCGCGUGCGUCAGGCGCUCCAGCUCGCCGUCGACAACAAUGUCGUUCUGCAGCUUGGCAUAGCCGGUCAGGGCACGGUGGCCGAGAACCACCACGUGGCACCGAUCCACCCCGAAUAUGCCGAACUGCCGCCGAUCAGCCGCGACAUCGACGCCGCAAAGGCGCUGAUGGAAGAAGCCGGCCAGAUGGAUUUCGAGCAUGAGAUCAUCUCGAUCGACGACGACUACCGCAAGAACACCACCGAUGCGGUGGCGGCCCAGCUUCGCGAGGCCGGGUUCAAGGUCAAGCGCACGGUGCUCCCCGGCUCGACCUUCUGGAACGACUGGACGAAAUAUCCCUACUCGUCCACCAACUGGAACCACCGCCCGCUCGGCGUGCAGAUCCUUGCGCUCGCCUACCGGUCCGGCGAAGCCUGGAACGAAGCCGGCUAUUCGAACCCGGAGUUCGACGAGAAGCUGACCCAGGCCCUGGCGAUCGCCGACGCCGACCAGCGGCGUGAACUGAUGGUCGAUAUCCAGCGGAUGCUGCAGGAAUCGGGCAUUAUCAUCCAGCCCUACUGGCGUUCGCUGUUCAACUUCAACGACGCAACCGUCCAGAACUACUACCAGCAUCCGACCUACGAGCUGGAUCUGGCCGAUGGGCAAGGCGGCCGCAAGAAGCCGUCUGCACGUCUCGCGCCAUCGCGCGUCUUGGGGAGAAGCAGCUUGAUCUCGUUCUUUGUCCGGCGUCUGGGAAUCAUGGCCUUGACCAUGCUCUGCCUGACACUCGUCGUGUUUUUCCUCGUCAAUCUCGAACCCAAUCUGCGCAAGCUCUCCAUCAGCCAGACCAACAUGCGCGCCUCCGAUGCGCAGAUCGAAAGCUGGCUUGUGCGCAACGGCUAUCGCGACAAUUUCUUCGUCCGCUACGGCCAGUGGCUGGGCGUCGUCCAGAAGCAACCCCUCGUCGAUCCUGAAACCGGCGAGGCGACACCGCGCUUCCGCUUUUGCGACGAGCCGGCCGAGGCGCGCUUUUCCGGCGUCAUCCAGGGCGAUUUCGGCUGUUCGACACGCUUCAAGGUGCCGGUUUCCGAACGCCUUGUGCCAGCCCUUCAGGCCACCGGCUGGCUGAUGUUCUAUGUCAUGCUCGUCAUGGUGCCCGGAGCGCUGCUCGUCGGCAUUUUUGCCAGCAUGCGCGAAGGGUCACGAACCGACCGAAGUCUGUCGGUGGCUUCGAUCGCAUCGACGGCGACGCCCGAGUAUGUGUCCGGCGUCAUCUUCACCGUCAUAUUCGCGUCCUGGCUCGGCAUAUUGAACGGGUCGGCCGCGACCGCGACGCGCGAGGGCAUCACCUUUUCCAACUUUACCCUGCCGGUCAUGACCAUGGCGAUCUACGGCAUGGGCUACAUUGCCCGCAUGACGCGCGCGUCGAUGGCCGAGGUGAUGACCGCGCAAUAUAUCCGCACGGCGCGCCUGAAAGGGCUGACCUUCUCAUCGGUCGUCAUCAAGCAUGCGCUGCGCAACGCGCUGAUCGCGCCCUUCACCGUGAUCAUGCUGCAGUUCCCGUGGCUUUUGACCGGCGUCGUCAUCGUCGAGGCGAUGUUCCGCUAUCAGGGCUUUGGCUUCACGCUGGUCGAAGCAGCGUCGAACAACGAUAUCGACCUGCUGCUCGCCUGCGCGCUCGUUUCCGUCGUCGUCGUUCUGGUCACCCAGCUGCUCAGCGACGUCGGCUACGCCUUCCUCAAUCCGCGCAUCCGCAUCAUCUGGCGUUUCUGGCCGGUCUGGGCCGCGAUGAUCAUCAUCGGCACCCUGAGCUACAUGUAUCGGGACCGGCUCGGCCUUUACGGCCAGCUCUAUGAUGGCGGCGUCGGGAUCGCCGGCCUGGUCUUUAUCGGCUUCUGGCUGUUCUCGGCGCUGUUCGCGUCGAUCAUCGCGCCGUUCGACCCGAUCGGGGUGGUGCCGAUCCUCAAGAACGCGGUGCCCGGCACCAUCGACCCUGAAUCCGGCAAUGCGUUCCUGCUGGGCGGCGACAAGCUGGCCCGCGACGUGUUCAGCCGCAUGGUGUACGGUUCCCAGAUUGUUCUGAUCAUCGCGCCGGCCGCCACCGCCUUCGCAUUGAUGGUCGGCAUCACGCUGGGCCUGCCGGCGGGCUAUUACGGCGGACAGGUCGACAACGUCCUGUCCUUCAUCGCCAACCUGGUCCUGGCCUUCCCGGUGAUCCUUCUGUUCUAUCUGCUGGUCACGCCGGGCAUCACCGAGACGCCGAUCCCCUACACGCUGGCCGGCCUGUUCUUCAUCUUCCCGGUCAUCUUCUUCGUCACGCUCUUCUACACGCGCUAUCAGGCGCGUCCGCAAUUCAUGUGGCCUGCCAUCGCAGUGACCAUAGUCCUGGGCACAUGGAUCUGGAUCUCGCUCGUUUCCAACGAUUUCAUCGUUCAGGCGCUGCGCAACAACGGGCUUGGCUUUGUCGGGGCGUUUUUCGACCUGCCGGUCUUCAAGAUCAUCUCGAUCGAACCGGGCCAGCUCAACAUCUUCGUCGCCGUCGUCUUCGCAUCGUCACCCGGCGUGUUCCGCAUCACGCGGGGUCUCGUCAUGGACAUCAAGACGCGCGACUAUGUCGCCGCCGCCCAGACGCGCGGCGAAAGCCCCUGGUACAUCAUGCUGUGGGAAGUGCUGCCCAACGCACGCGGCCCGCUGAUCGUCGAUGCCUGUCUGCGCAUCGGCUACACGACGAUCCUGCUGGGCACGCUGGGCUAUUUCGGGCUCGGCAUGCCGCCCGAAAGCCCCGACUGGGGCACGGCCAUCAAGGACGGCUCGCAGCUCCUGCGGCUCUACGUCUGGCCGGCGCUGGUGCCCGCCGUCGCGCUGAUGAGCUUCGUGCUCGGCCUCAAUCUUCUCGCCGACGCGCUGCGUGAAGAAUCGCUGAAAAUCGAGAACCUGCACAUCUCGUUCUACACCCGUGCCGGCGAAAUUCCCGCCGUCAUGGACUAUUCGUGCAAGGUCAUGCCGGGCGAGGCGCUCGGCAUUGUCGGCGAAUCGGGCUGCGGCAAGUCGACGGUCGCGCUCGGCAUCAUGCGCGACAUGGGCAACCGCGGACACAUCAAGUCCGGCACGAUCCGCUUCAAGGGCCGUGACAUGGGCGAGAUGAGCGAUGCCGAACUGCGCGACCUGCGCGGAUCGAAGAUCGCCAUGAUCUACCAGGAGCCGAUGGCGUCGCUCAAUCCGGCGAUGAAGAUCGGCCAGCAGCUUAUGGAAGUGCCGAUCGUCCAUGAGGGCGUUUCCAAGCAGCAGGCCUAUGACCGCUCCAUCGAGAUGCUCGAAGCGGUGCGCCUGCCCGAUCCCAAGCGUGUGAUGAGCUCCUAUCCGCACCAGAUUUCCGGCGGCCAGCAGCAGCGUGUCGUCAUCGCCAUGGCACUCCUGUCCAACCCCGAACUUCUGCUUCUGGACGAACCGACCACCGCGCUCGACGUGACGGUCGAGGCCGGCAUCGUCGAGCUGGUCAAGGAUCUAGGCAAGAAAUACGGCAUGUCGAUGCUGUUCAUCUCGCACAAUCUGGGCCUGAUCCUGGAGACCUGCGACCGCAUCUCGGUGAUGUAUUCGGGCGAGGCCGUGGAGACGGGCGACGUCGCCGAUGUGUUCGACCGGAUGCGCCACCCCUAUACGCAGGGCCUGUUCCGAUCGAUCCCUUUGCCCGGCGCGGACAAGAAUUCGCGCCCGCUGAUCGCCAUUCCCGGCCAGCUGCCACUGCCGCACGAGCGACCCCAUGGCUGCAAUUUCGGCCCGCGCUGCCAUCACUUCGUGGAAGGCGAGUGCGAUGCCGGUCCGAUCUCGAUGAUUCCGGUCAAGGGUCAUCACGAUCACAACAGCCGGUGUGUCCGGUUCGACGAGAUCGACUGGAAGGCGAUGCCCGACGGCAUCGCGCAGAACGAUCCGGUCGAGCCCGGCGCGCCCGUGCUGCAGAUCGACAAUUUGAAAAAAUAUUACGACGUGGCCGCCAACGCGAUCUUCGGCGGCGGAGAAACCCGGACCGUCAAGGCCAACGAGACGAUCUCGUUCACCGCGCGGGAGGCGGAAACCGUCGCCAUCGUCGGCGAGUCGGGUUGCGGAAAGUCGACGCUUGCAAAGGUUCUGCUCGGGCUUGAAACGGCAACCGAAGGCACCGUGACGCUCGGCAACCGGGAGAUACAGGGCAUCGAGGUCGAGAACCGCGGCGCCGAUCUGGUCUCCUCGAUCCAGAUGGUCUUCCAGAACCCGUUCGACACGCUCAAUCCCAGCCACUCGGUCGGCAGCCAGAUCAUCCGCACGCUCGAAAAGUUCAAUUUCGGCAACUCGACCGAGGAGCGGCGCGAGCGCAUGCUGGAACUGCUCGAUCUGGUCAAGCUGCCGCGCGCCUUCGAAACGCGGAUGCCGCGUCAGCUUUCCGGCGGCCAGAAACAGCGCAUCGGCGUUGCCCGCGCCUUUGCCGGCGGGCCGAAGGUUGUCGUCGCCGACGAGCCGGUAUCGGCGCUCGACGUGUCGGUCCAGGCGGCCGUCACAGAGCUCUUGAUGGACAUUCAGCGCGAGUCGCGCACCACCAUGCUGUUCAUCAGCCACGACCUGUCCGUCGUGCGUUACAUCGCCGACCGCGUGGUGGUGAUGUAUCUCGGUCACAUCGUCGAGCAGGGCACGACCGACCAGAUCUUUUCGCCGCCCUACCAUCCCUAUACCGAGGCGCUCUUGUCGGCCAUUCCGAUCGCCGACACGUCGGUCCAGAAGAAGCACAUCGUUCUGGACGGCGACAUUCCCUCGGCGCUCAAUCCGCCUCCGGGCUGCCCGUUCCAGACGCGCUGCCGCUGGAAGGAGCGCGUCUCCGGCAACAAGUGCGAAACCGAAGUGCCGGGUUACGUGGAAUGGGGCGAAGGCCACUUCAUGAAAUGCCACCUGUCCCGCGACGAACUUGAGUCCAUGGAGCCGGUGAUUUCUUUCGAGGCAAAGGAGGACUCGGUCGAGGACGCCUCCAAGAUCGUCGAUCUGGACGCGGUCAAGAAGGCGCCCGUGCAGAAGAAGGCCGAUGCCAGGCGCGACAAGGCCGUCGCCGCCGUCGCGGAUACCGGCGACACGGGGUCGGCAAAGACCAAAGCGACCAAGAAGACCAAGCGAGCGAAAGCCGAGGCGGCCAAGUCCAGGGGCGGCAAGUCCAGGGGCGGCAAGUCUUCGCUCGAUGAUCCCGACCGUCCGUCAUCCAUGGAACGUCCGGACGUGCCCGACGAUCUCAAGCAGAUCUCCGGGGUCGGCCCGAAGCUUGAAGGCACGCUGAACGGGCUCGGCAUCUACACGUUCGAGCAGGUCGCGGCCUGGAAGAAGCCUCAGCGUGACUGGGUCGACAGCUAUCUGAGCUUCAAGGGACGGAUCGACCGGGACGGCUGGGUCAAGCAGGCCAAGGCGCUCGCCCGGUUCCACCGGAUCUACACCGCUCAAGAGGCAUUGCCUGCCCCGGUCGUGCAUCAGGCGCGGCGUUGCCUGCUUGAUCUCAUCGGUGUUGCUGCCGCCGGCAGCCGCACCGAACUGGCCGGCCUGAUCGCAGGCCAUGCAUCCUCCCAGUUCGGAGCCGGGCCCGGAGUCGACACCGCAACCAUCCUGUUCGACAGCCGUGCGCGCAGCGCGUCCGCCGCAGGCGCGGCGCUCGCCGGCGGGAUGACGAUCGAUGCCAUCGACGCCCAUGACGGUCACCCGCUGACCAAGGGCCAUGCCGGGUGCGGGCUUUUCCCCGCGCUUCUGGCCAUCGCCGAGACCGAAGCGCCGGACAUGCCGCUGGACGAAUUUCUGGCUCAUCUGACGAUCGGCUAUGAGAUCGCCAUCCGCUGCGGCAUCGCCCUGCAUGCGACGGCGCCCGAUUACCACACCUCCGGCGCCUGGGUCGCGGUGGGCGUGGCAUUGUCGGGGGCGCUGAUGACCGGCGCGAACUCCGAGAUUGUGCGCCAUGCGGCGGGGAUCGCCGAAUAUCACGGCCCGCGCAGCCAGAUGAUGCGCUGUAUCGACCACCCCACCAUGCUCAAGGACGGCUCGGGCUGGGGCGCGAUGGCCGGCAUGUCCGCGCUGAUGCUCGCCCGGUCCGGGUUCACCGGCGCGCCGGCGCUGACCGUGGAAGAAGCCGCCGUCACCGGCAUCUGGUCCGAUCUCGGCACGUGCUGGCGCAUCAUGGAGCAGUAUUUCAAACCCUGGCCGGUCUGCCGCUGGGCGCAGCCGGCCGUCGAGGCGGCCCUCGGCCUGAGGUCCGAACAUGGUGUGGCGCCCGACAUGAUUGCGCGCAUCCGGGUGCGCACAUUUCACGAGGCGAUCAGGCUGGCGACGGUAUCGCCGGCCGACACUGAACAGGCGCAGUACGCGUUGCCGUUUCCGGUCGCCGCCGCGCUCGUGCAUGGCCGCCUCGGCGUCGCGCAGAUCAGCGGCGAAGGAUUGCGGGACGCGACCGUUCUCGAUCUGGCGGAGCGGGUCGAACUGUCGGAAAGCGCCGCCUUCAACGACCUUUUCCCGGCCGAGCGCUGGGCGGAGGUGGAGCUUGAACUGACCGGCGGACGCGUGCUGGCAUCAAAGCCGCUAUUUCUUCGAAGUUCCACGCCCUGA